GCGGGGUGUAAAGAAAACACGCCUCCGCGGGCGCUGAAGAAGCUGCUGCUUCCGCCGUCCGUGGAGCUUAAGGUAGUUUAGGCGGUAUAAGUGAUAUUUUCGGUUCUGGAGGAUUCUUCCUUUCCCCCAUUUCUCAAGGGCGCAGGAAAGCGUCCCGCCGACGGGUGAAUGACGGAGAAAAUAAGAGCUGCGGAGCGCGAGCGGGCAGGGAAUCUGCGCGCGCGUCGGUUCUGUUACCUUGGCAACGGAGAAGUGGCGGUGCUGAGAAAUUCCCCGCCUCCCCGCAGAGGAAAAAAAGGAUCCCUUGCGCUUCACUCUUAAUGAGGUUGUCAACACAAACUGACAAUCAUGGAUAAUUAUGUAAUAAUUAAAAUGAUUGGAGAAGGAGCAUUUGGCAAAAUAUUCUUAGCCAGAAAGAAAGAGGAUAAUCAACAAUGUGUUAUCAAGGAGAUCAAUUUAACUAAGAUGCCAAGGAAGGAAAAAGAAUCAUCUAAAAAAGAAGCAACUCUUCUAGCCAAGAUGAAACAUCCCAAUAUUGUAGCUUUCUACGAUUCUCUUCAAGAGAAAAAUAACUUGUAUAUUAUGAUGGAAUAUUGUGAUGGAGGUGACCUAAUGAAGAGAAUAAAUAUGCAAUAUGGAGUGCUGUUUGAUGAGAAUAAGAUCUUGGGUUGGUUUGUACAAAUUGCCUUAGGCCUGAAGCAUAUACAUGAUAGGAAGAUUCUGCACAGAGACAUAAAAACACAGAACAUUUUUCUUAGCAGUAAUGGAAUAACAGCAAAACUGGGAGAUUUUGGGAUUGCAAGGAUGUUGAACAACACAAUGGAAUUUGCUAGUACCUGUGUAGGAACACCAUAUUACCUAUCACCUGAAAUCUGUGAGAAUAAACCAUAUAAUAAUAAAACAGAUAUAUGGUCUCUUGGCUGUGUGUUAUAUGAGUUGUGUACUUUAAAGCAUCCUUUUGAAGGCAACAAUUUACCCCAACUUAUAAUGAAGAUCUGCAGAGGCCAUUUCAUUCCUGUGUCUGUGAAGUAUUCUUCCAAUCUGAGAUUGUUAAUAUCCCAGUUGUUUAGAACAUCUCCAAGAGAUCGCCCUUCUAUUAACUCUAUUUUAAAAAAAGCCUUUUUGGAGAAGCAGAUAAAGAAUUAUUUGCCACCCGAGAUCAUUGAGGCAGAGUUUAGUCAUACUGUUAUUCACAGGAAAAAAUCAUCAGCUUCAUCAUCAGGUCAGAAAAGAAGACUCCAUGAAUAUUGUUCUCCAAAAAUCAAGAUGGAAAUGCUUCCUAGAAAAUUAUUGUAUAAAAAUGAAUGCUAUUCUCCUUCAAGGAUUCAGGAUCCAAUGAUUAAGCCCUUGGGCCCUGCGUUUAAAAUAUGUGGGAAGCCAGAGGUCAUUAGAAUGUGUGGACAUUAUGACCAUUAUUACGUAAAGCUGGCAAGCUUGCAGAAGAGAGCUUUGGUCCAAGAUGAUGAUCCCUGUAUUCGCCAGAGAAUGGAAGAGUAUUAUAAGCAGAAAGGACAAGAACCGCCUCCUCCACCACCUCAUGGGCCUUCCGAGUAUCUUCAGAGACGAUAUAAUGCUCAGCAAAACAAGUUAAAAGUAGAGAAGCAACUGGGGCUACGGCCAUCUUCUGCUGAGUUAUGUCAGCUGGACAAUCAAGAUAUGAAAGAAGAACAGCUCAAAGUCUGUAAUAAUGCUCUUCCUCAAAAAAAUGAAAUGAAAGAACAGGAGUAUCUGAAACAGCUGCAUGAAAUUCGCCAACAGUACCGGAGUGAAGUAAAUGAAAUUCGUGGUAAAGCACUUAAGGAAAAUAAAAACCUAAGGGAAAAAACCUAUAUUGUGAAGCAAGGAAAGAGUGAUGACCAGUCUGUUCCUGAUACUAAUUAUGAAGAAAGAAAUGAACCAGGCCAGGACAUGGAACAAAAUUUGAAACAAAUUGGACUGCAGAGAUCGCAGGAGAAGAACAACCCAGAAGUACAAGAGAAAGCAAAGGGAGGUGUAAAGUUUCAGGUUGAUCUAACAGAUGAUGCAGCAGAUGAGAACAACAUCCAAGAAGAAAAUGAGCAGCAUGAUAAACUUAAUGAAACACUGACUUUUGAACAUGGAGAAAGCCUUAAGAAAAAACUGGAGGAGGAAUUAUGGCAUUGGAAGAUGGAAGUUGACAAUGAAGAUGUGAUAAACGACAGAAAACAUUGGCAAAUCUCAACUCCAAAGACACUACUGAAUCUCUUAGAAAAUGCAGAUAGCACAUCUGUAUGGAAAACUAUGGAUGAAGCUGGACAGGUAAAUGAAAUACAUUCUGAGUUCCCUGAUGCCAGGAAAAAAUGGAGCCCAAAAUUACCAAGUACUCUAAUGAAUCUGUUAGCAGAAGCAGAAUGCACCAGUGACACCUUAUGCCAAGCUGAAGAACUUAAAGAAACAAUAAAUCACCGGAUUCCAGAAUCUAUUAAAGAUGCUCCAGAAAUUAAUUUGGCUGCUAACCCAGAUGAAAGCAAACUUGAUCCAAGAUAUGAUGAUGAUGAUACAAACUUUGAAGAAUCUGAAGAUGAACUGAGAGAUGAGCUAGUGGAAUCUUUGGAAAAUGUGGUUACAUCUCUAGAGGAGGAGAUUUCAAAAAGUCCAAUUGAAUCAGCAAACACAGAACAACAAAAACAAUCAAUAGCCAAUAGCAAACUUAGCAAAUCUAACGACAUCUUGGAAGAUAAUAAUUACUUGACUGGAGAAAAACAAAGUGCAAUCAGUUAACACAUUCUUAGAUAAUAAAUACUUAAGAAUUAAUAAUAACCAAUUGUAUGUAUGUUAAGACCCGAGUUUAGAAAGUGAGUGCUUUAUCUUUUCUUUGCAAAUUUUACACAGUUGCCUAGUAUACCAACGUAAAAAUCUGUAGAGCUGAAAUUCUUCUCUGUCUUGGGUUGCGUAUAUCUCUUUGCCAUUAAUAAACAGUCACUGUAGAGAUACUUUCAAGGAUGCAUCUCAAAAACCAAAUUUAUAACACCAAUAAAUACUACUCAUCACCAUGUUUCAUUUUUUGGAUGAAGACAGAUCUUAAUCUAGAUCUAAUCCUCAAUGAAAUGGUAAACCUGGAUCUGGACUAGACUAAUUCUGUUGUUGGCAAGAGAGCUUAAGUAUUUAAAUUCUCCAAUGGGGGAAAAAGUUUCAGUAUGACAACAAAAGUUAAGAUUAUUUUAACCUAACUUUGUUGAACAUACUAAUUUUAUGAGUGGGAAUUCACUUUUAUGUGCCUCUGAAAUCCUUUAUAUAUAUAAUGUAUAUAUAAAAAUUGAUUUUUCUGAGAUCAUGUUCAUUAUAUAUACUAUCUGACAACUUUAGAUAAUGUAUAAUUUGAAUGGUUUCAGAUGACAGGCAUUUUUUAAUAAACAUUAUUUUGACUUGGCAAUGGAAGGUUUUAGGCAUUCAAUCUUGGAUUAAUUAUAUCAGGGGUAUCAAACUUGCAGCACACGGGCUGGAUGUGUCAUAGGCUGGCUACACCCUCCCCCAUUUUAGUGAAGGGGGAAAAGUUACAAUAUGUCACGUGAUGACAUCUCACCUGUUUGAUACCCCUGAAUUAUAUAGAUUUCAGUUAACUAAAGAAUAGAUUAUGGGAAGAAUUAAAAUAAUGUAAUAGAUUUAAGCCCUAAUACAAUUAAAUCAUUAAAAUAUAUGCUCAAUGCUAUUAUGACAAGAAUUAAUCAAUAUUGAAUGCUGGAUAUUUUGUGAUAAUUUUGGGAAGUGGGACCUUAAAUACUGACAUUAUAAAAUAAAAAUCUGUCAAACAUGCUCUAGCAUGGUAUUUUUAGUAUUUAAAGAGUAAAAUCUUUAUUGCACUAAAAAUAGAAACGUAGAACAUUUGUAGUGCCAUAAUAACUCAAGUAUGUCAUAUAUUUAUAAGCAAAAUAUUUUAUUUAAAUAGCUGCUCUACAGAUAAUAGGAAUGUUUCCUCAAAUUCUUCAUCAGCAAACCUCUUCACAGAUUCACGAGCACU